GUCAGUUUCUAGAGAUCUUAGCUAGUUUUCCAAAGAUCUUCUAGAAAACCGAUCUUUCAAUAAUUUCGGAAAGCAACUUUGCUUGUGAACACAUAGCUUCAGGUAUCCUCGUUUGAUUUUUGAAAAUCGCAAGUUUCUAUCAUCUGUUAUCAUUGAGUUAUUCGAAAAAUAACUGAGUGCCACCCGCAUUUUGGCGUCGAUAAUAGGAUAUUUCUAGUCCAGUGAAAAUGCACGCGUGAUGCGUUUUCAAGAAGUCUACAAACUUAGCAUUUUUACUGGAGAACUGUAUUUUAUGAGUAGAUAACAUUGAUUUCUUGUACCAGAAGAGAAAUUUUAAAUUAUUUAUGAUGAAAACUAAAUAGAAGAAGACAUAUGAAAAAGGCUUGAUUAAGGAUUGUUUCUGUUUCUUCUGGUUCACAAGAGAAGAAGAAUGAUAAGAAAUAUAAUUUCUUUCUACAGGAAAGUAUGUUGUUCUUUUGCGUGUGUAGAAUGUACGAUAUGUUACAAAAAAUCUUAAUUGAGUUGAAUUAUCAUUAUUCAGUCUGUAACACUUGAACAUCGUUGAUAAUUGUGUUUGUAAUUGUAAUGAAGUUGUUUUAGCUGUUGUUUUAUUCUUAUUCGUACUAUCCAUCGUAGUUGAUAGUGUUGAUGAUACAAAUGAUUUUAGUAGUAUUUAUGCGCUGUUUUUGUUGUGCAUGAUAAUAACUAAACGCUAAUGUUGAUAAUUAACCAGUAUUUAAGAAAUUCGACGUUUUAGAGAACAUAACUGAUUGCUAGCGUUGUUCUUUGACAUGUUUAUAGAUUUUUUUAUGUUGCUUUUAAUGUAUGGAUCAAAAUGCCUCAAGCAGCUUUAAUGGUUUACUUAACAAUCUGUAUACUACAUGCAAACUAUAUGCUUUCUGUAACAGCUUAUCUUUAUAUUUAUGUCAAGCAACUUUGAAUACAUAACGAAACAACUUCUUUUGUCUUCGUUAUAAAACAUCUCACUAUUCUACAAGCCAAAAUUGAUUGUACAUUGGGAUACGAAAAAUGUCUUAUUCUUUACACAACAAACAUAGAAUCAUGACAGAGUCACACUUCUCUCAUUUUCUUUUUUUCUCCAAGGUAAUCAUUGUUUCUGAGUAGAUUCAGUAUACAGUAAUGAUGUACAAUGUUUGUCAAAUAGAUGAGCUGACAGAUGCGAAUAUGAAUUUAAUACUAAGAAAAUAUAAUUUUAUUCACGCGAACGAAACAGAUGCUAGGAGUUCCCAUGAUUUAAUUACAACAGAAAGAAUUAAUUGAAUAAGUUCUAUAGUCGAAGUAUUCAGUAAUUUAUCUAGUGGAAAGACCGGAUGAGCAACUUUUUAGUUUGCCAUGUCAGAAAUAAACGACUUAUUUAGCAAAAACAUAGCAUUUUCGACAGUAUCUUUCUCGAAAUAUUUAUUAGCUCCUCCUAAUCUAUAUAAAUCACUGGAAGGAUCAUAUUUGAGUGUUUACAGUAACUCUGGUUAAUAAACAGAGGGCUAUGAAAUAGAUAUAUAAAUCAAGUUAUAAAGUUUCACAAAGUUCUAAUCAGUUUUCAGAAUUGUGACAUAUUCUCUAUAAAUAGUAUUUCUAAAAACACUAAGUGUAUGUAUGCCAUAAAAGUACCACAUCUAUCAUUAAUUACUUGUUCAAAAUAAUAUAGCAUAUGAGUGUCUUCUUCCAUUAUGUAUAUGACAAGAUGCAUUAUGUCGAAUAUGGCAUAAUGGUUUUGAAAACCAAAGCAAAGCCAUUUUUCUUUUUGGAUAUGUUUAUAUGAGUAGUACACAACAUCUGUUAAUUGAACCUUCUAGAGUAUCUAAAUACCCGUAACAGUAUUUUUCUCUUUAUAUGAAAAAAAUUGUCGUUUUAGGACUGUAAUAUUAUACUGAGAUGUGUAUGUGUGUGUGAAUAUCUUACAACAAGUUUAAUACAAGAAUAUUUUUAAAAUGAAAAUGACUUUUAUUAAAUAGAAGAACAAAGAAUAUGAUGUUACAAACGUGUUUAAUUUAAUGUCUGAACGGAUUCUUCUUUUUCCGUUGUUUUAUCACAUUAGUUUGCUGUGAGGCAUCUCUUUUAUAUAUGAACAGAUGCUAAGCGGAUAUCAAAAUUUCAUGAACAAAAAAAAAAAGAAGAAAAAGACGAAGAGGACAAGUUCAAAACCAAUUUCUUCAUUGUAUGACUCUACUCGAAUGUCUAUUAUACUGGAAAAAAAAAACAAGUCUCUAUAGAGUGAAAAUUUUUUUUGAAAAAAAAAAAGCUCCUGUUUUGAUGUGUAUCGUUGUAUUUUUUCAUUUACAUACGGAAACUAUAGAUAUACAGAACGUGCUCUAAUAAAAUUUAUAAUUAGAAUUUUCUUUUUAGAUUAGAAAAUAAAUGUAGAAUCUACUUUCAUAAUAUCUAGACUAUAUAUAUAUCUUUUUGAAAGUGUCUCUUUUCUAGAAUUAUUUUCUUCUUCUAUAGCACAAACGUUUACUUUCGAGAAAAUUCUUUCUUUCUCUAGUACAUUCAAAGAACGAACUCUUUCUCUAACUCGCUACAGAGCAAGUAUUGUACUCAUCUAAUAUAUGUCAGUGUGAAAAUGAUUAGAUUUUUUUUUUUUAUAUCUCUUGAUAGCAGUAGCAGUGCAAAGGGAAGAAGGAGAAGAAAAAAAAAGAAAUAUCUAUACACAUGAGAACAAAAAAAAACAUUAAUUUCUAGAGAUUAUAGAGUAAAAAGAUGAUAUUCAACACGGAAGAGAACAAUAGUUGAUAAGCCAUUUAAUGAUUGGGUUCAGUAUAUAUGUGCGGUUAAAUAUAUUAGUUUAGAUGAAUCCUUCAUCUUAUCAUUACAAUUAUACACCGUCUGAAAUCAUUAGACAUAACAUUGAUCAUUCAACAAUGACUACAGCAAGACAUGAUGAAGACGAAGAAAAUCAACAGUGUGUGAUAAAUAUACCCGUUCAUCAAGAAAAUUCAACUAGAUCAAAUUUUGCCGAUAAUAUGGCAGGUACAAUUUUAUCAUCCGUAUUAUCUACAGUAUCUGAUGAUAUGAUCAGAAGUGGAAAUAAUCGAUCUGAACAAAAAUCAUUAAUAUCUGUUUAUGAUAAUUCGAAUGAAGAACGUACAAUCGGUUUAAUUGGAUAUCGAAAUAAACGUACAAUUGCAUUUGCUAAACGUUUAGUACGUUAUGGUUUUAGUCCCAUAUUGACCGAUACUAAUGAAAAUACCACAUUAAUCAAAAGUGAUGCUACAGAUCAUAUUCAAUAUGUACCAAAUAAUGCAUUUCGUCAAUCAAUUCAAACUGCUCCAAUUGUUAUUAUAGCUGAACAACCACACGGAGAUAUUCAACAUUUAAUUGAUGGAAAAUUAGUUAUUGACUCAAUUGAUUAUGGAUUAAAACGACGAUUCUUAUUUAAUAAACAUUCAGAACAACAAACAUCAUCAACAAAAACAUUCUUUUUAAAUCAAUCCCGUACAACGUCUGUAAUACGUGCAUUUGGUAAUAUAUCGACAUGGGAAAUUGAACAUGGUACAUUUCGGCAUGCACCUGUCUAUAUUCAACAACAACCGGAUGUAUCAUCAACAACCUUUCAGCGUUUAUUGAAAUUUAUUCAUGAUCUUAAUUUUUCUGGUACUCGUAUAAUGAAUGAAUAUGAUUAUAAUAAUAUAUUAAAUCAACGUUCAUUUCAUGGCUGUGUAUUUCCAUUAAUAACAACAUUAUUAGUAUUUGGUUUAGCCUUGUUAGUAGUAGUUAUUCAAUGUAGUCGUUAUGAGGAGGCAAAUCAAUAUAAUUUAAAUGCCAUAAAACGAACAAGAGAUUUUUUCUUUUCGAAUAAUAAUCAUACAUCGAUCAUAUUUCGUAAGGCAAGUUCUGUCACUGGAACAGUUAGCCUAAAUUUAUUAGCCAUACUCUAUUUAAUACGUCCAAUAUUAGAAUUAAUUGAUUUUUUAUUCUCUCAACAACGUAGAAUUAGUCGUAAAAAAAUAGUACAACAUGAAAAAUCAAUUACUUCAUUCAAUGGUUUUGGUUAUUUAAAUUUUGUUCAACGUUGGCUACAUUCAAGACGUUACUUAGCUUGGUAUUCACUUACAUUUGCUCUAUUACAUCUGUUAUUUCUUAUAUUUUCACAAGAAAAUUUUUCUCAAAAUCAUUGGCACAUACCGUCAUUCUUCAUUGGUGUUAUUGCAAUAAUUUUAUUGAGUAUAUUGGCAAUUGUUUACACACCAUGGACAAAUGAACGAUUAUUAUGGAAUGAAUGGCGUAUUAUCGUAUCAUAUGUGGGACCAUUGGCAUUCCUACUGGGUUUUAUUCAUACUUUGUUGUUAUUGGUGAAACAAUGGAAUUUAUAUUCAAAUUUAUUUAAUUUAACAUUUAUCUCACUCUUAUUACCAUUGUGUGUCAUUAUUGUUCGAAUAAUUGUUUAUGCUAUUAUAUACCCGAUAAUGAAAUUGAUUGAUUGGCUAGAACGACGUCGACUUCAAAAUACUUAUCAGAAAAAGCAUGAACAAAUAACAGAAACUGAACCACAACCACAUGUUAAUGUAACAACAAUGAGUGGACAACAAAUUGAUACUGAUACCGAUAUACCCUUAUUAAAAUAA